AUGAAAAAUGAAAUUUAUGAUCCAGAACGUCCAGAUCUAUUUAUCAAACCACAAAGCAGGUGGGAUCAGCUCCCUGCAGUCAAUACUUUAGGAGAAAUUCCGGAAAAUCUCAUAGAGGAGGUACUUGAAAUGGAUGAUAUUCUGUUGGAGGAUAUCAUCCUAGAUGAUAUCCCAAUACCAAUAGGUCAGGAUGAUAUCAUAAGGCCAAUGGAGGAAUUAAAACAGGAGGUUAUAAUCGCUCCAAACCAACCCAUUCCAUUUGUCAAUGAUUUAACUGAGGCUGCAGGAAAUUAUAUCCGCACCCGCACUCAGCCAGCAUUAAUUAUUAGAACGCCACCGGUUGGUCUGAUAGACCAAAAACUACCCAUACUGGAAGAAGUACCACUACCAGCGCCACGACGCCGGAUUGCGCACAUUCCACGACAAUUGCCACCAGUGCAAACUCCGAAAGCUCAACCAGUGCCAGCUCCGAGAGCUCCGAGAGCUCCAGCAGUACCAGCGCCACGACACCGGAUUACACGAAUUCUCCGAAAAUUGCCACCAGUGCCAGCUCCGAGAGCUCCAGCAGUACCAGCGCCACGACAAUUGCCACCAGUGCCAGCUCCGAGAGCUCAACCAGUGCCAGCACAACGACAAUUGCCACCAGUGCCAGCUCCGAGAGCUCAACCAGUGCCAGCACAACGACAAUUGCCACCAGUGCCAACUCCUAGACGUACGAUUCAAAUCAAUGCUCAUCCUCUUCGAAAAAAUAAAUGUCGACGCUUGUCAAAGGCAGAGAGAGUCUUGGCAACCGCAUCCUCGAAAAAGAGGAGUUAAUUUUCUAUUCAUUAGUUUUUUGUUUUAUUUUUUUUCAUUAUUUUUAGAAAAUUUUCUAUUAUGUUUAAAGUAUGUAGCAAAGUAACCAUUCAUUUUUAUUUUCAACUUUGCUAUUUUUUGUUUUAUUUUUUUCAUUAUUUUUAGAAAAUUUUCUUUUAUGUUUAAAGUAUGUAGCAAAGUAACCAUUCAUUUUUAUUUUCAACUUUGCUUGAAGUGAAUUUCUCAAG